UCAUUCGUUAUGACGCUCAUUGCAUUACGAUUGCAAACUUCUAAGGAAGCAUAUCAUCAAAUUAUUGAAAUUGUAAUUCUUGUGCGCGUAAGUGAAAAAUGCCUAAGACUCGAAAAAGUUUGAGUGUACGGAGAAAAAGCAGAAAAGUGAUAACAAAGAAGGCUGCAGCAUUAAAAGAGAAAAAACAUGACAUAGAAGAUGGUAGCAUAUUACCCAGUACUGAAAACGAAUGUUACAUUACCGAUCAAUGUAAUGAUUGCUCUAUUGACGAUUCUUUUGCUAUACCUAUUGUAUCAGAAAUUAUGGACACUAGCAAUACAUUGUCCUCAAAGGAAGAAAUGGAAACCAAAUACUUUUCCUAUGCUUCCUCAAUAAACGACAGCGAUGUAGAAGAAAAUGAAAUGAACGCUGAUUUGGGUUUAUCUGGUCGGCGAAUUGUAGAUUUACAUCAUUUAUUCAAUUCUCUAAAAUCUUUAAAACACAACGGCUUUGGAUGUUCUUUUUAUGACUUGGAAAUUACAGGAGAGAAAUUGGAGGGAUUAGAAAGCACACUGACGUUCAAGUGCAACAUGUGUGGAAAAUUAGAUACCAUCAAGACAAACGGUGGCAAAUCAUCUUUUGGUUCUGCUACUCGUAGUGCUGUUAUCGGUUGUUUGACGGUUGGAAUUGGGUACAGUCAAUUUUCUGAACUGCUUGCGGCAAUGGAUAUUCCUCAAAUGUCAAAUGGUUUAUAUUUAAACUACCACAAUCAGAUCAUCUCUGCCGUACAUACAGUAAAUAGCGAUUUAAUGUCUGAAGCGGCACAGGAAGAAGCCGAACUUGCUGAAGAAACAAAUAAUGAAGGUGUUCCAACUAUUGCAGUAAUAACAGAUGGAGCAUGGUCAAAACGAUCAUAUCGGAAAAAUUAUUCUGCACUUUCAGGAGUGGCUUGUAUUAUCGGUGCAAAAACCAAAAAAAUAUUAUACAUGGCAGUUAAAAACAAAUACUGUUUUCUUUGUGCUAGAGGCCGUUGUGAGGAUGAUCACGAUUGCUUCAAGAAUUGGAAGAAAUCUUCAACUUCUAUGGAAUCUGCCAUUAUUGGAGAGGGUUUCAAACAAUCUAUAAAACAGCACAAUCUUAUAUACAAUCGGCUUAUUGGAGAUGGGGACAGCAGUGUCUAUAAGCAUUUAACAGAAAUAGCUCCAUACGGUCCCUCGUAUCACAUUCGAAAAAUUGAAUGUCGUAAUCAUCUGUUGCGUAACUUUGUGAAUAAACUUAGUGACCUAAGUAAAGACGUACGUUUUCCAAAAGCCAAAAGGAACCAUAUUUGCAACGUGAAUACUUUGGGCCGCUUUCGUAACGCUGUUGUUAAGGCCAUAGCGUAUCGAAAACAACAAAUUAUCGACAUUGAUAAGAAGAUUAAAGCUUUGAAGUCAGAUAUAAUAAAUGGCCCAUACCAUAUUUUGGGCAAACAUGAUCACUGCCAAGAGUAUUUUUGCAGGGGUGGUAAAGAAGACCAGGAAGAUUUAGUUGAAACGUACUUACAAUGUGGAUUGCUUCAAGCAAUAAACAUUAUUGUACAACGUCUUGCUGAUAAUGCUUCAAGUCUUUUAUACGACACCGAUACAAAUCCUGCGGAAACAUAUAAUUCAGUGAUUGCCAAGUUUGUAGGGGGUAAAAGGAUCAACUUUUCUUUAAAAAACUCGUAUCAAUUGCGAUGUGAAAUGGCUGCUAUUUCGUACAAUAGCAAAGGAAACUUGUUGUCUUUACUGCAUCGCGAACUAUGCAAUACGUCAUUAGGGCACUACACGCAAAAGCAUUUAAGUUUUAAGACAGCUCGGCGUUCUAAGAAAAUAAGGAAGUAUUAUCCAAAAACUAGAACAUUUGCUGCAGCAGACAAUGAUUAUGGUUUAGUAGAAGACGAUUUUACACCCGAUCUACCAGAGGAACAAUAUGAAGAAAAGAUGGCUCAGUUUUUGCUAGAACUGAAAAAUGUUAACAAAAGACAAAUUGCAGAAGGAACAUUGCAUCAAUCUAAAAGCGACAUAUGGAUUGCUGAACGAAAAAAGAGAUUAACUGCUUCAAAUUUUGGAAAAAUUUGCAAAUUGCGGAAAACCACCAAUACCGCCAAAACGGUGUCGUCUAUAUUAUACUCUACAUUCAUCGGAAGUAUUCACACCCGUUUUGGUUUGGACAGUGAAUCUGCAGCUAUUGAGCUAUUUGAAGAUAUGUACAAUGUGCAGGUCACAAGAUGUGGCCUAAUCAUUGAUGAAAACAAUCCAUUUUUAGCAUGCUCUCCAGACGGCUUAGUGGAGAACAACGCCGUAAUUGAGAUCAAAAGUUCCCUAAAAAGUGGUGACAAUACUCCACUACAAGCAGGUGCAUUGAAACUGUUUGAUUAUUGCGAAAUUAAUAAAGAUGAAAACAAACUUACACUAAAAAAAAAACAUAACUACUAUUACCAAGUACAAGGCAUUUUGGAAAUAACUGGACGUCAAAAAUGUUACUUCAUUGUCUACACCAAAGGAGGCAUUCAUGUCGAAGAGAUUGAAAGAGACAAAAUAUUUUGGCACAAUCAAAUGGAAAAAAAAUUAAAGCAAUUUUAUUAUAAAUCGCUCCUUCCGGAAUUGGUCGAUCCUCGACGAUGCCGAAGUAUUGACAUCCGCGCCGUAUAUAUGAAUGAAGACUGCCAAAAAGAAUAAUUCGUUACGCAACUAUAUCGUUUUUAUUACUGUAUUUUUAUGUGAUUAGUGGUAUUAAAACGGAAAAAGUGCAAUUUCUUUACUUUACAGAAUCAUUGAAAUCAUGAUAAACUGUUACACCACAGCAGUGAUCUGAUAUACACCAAUUUGGUGUAAUUAAGUACAUUCUAAUCUUUUCCGUACGGCAUUUCUUGCUUAAAAUUACCUAAGUAAUUAUCGCACAUUUCCAUAACAUAAUUACAUCUUUAUGUCCAUUCAAGAUGCAAAAUUGUCAACACAAAACCAUGCACUUAAUCACAGAUAGAAGUGCCUUCACUUUAACCUAUUAUGUAUGCAAAUUAGUUUAUGACCUCUAUUGUCCCUAAGACAUGCCUAGGGUUUUACCUGAAGUUGAGAGAGACUAUUUCGAUUAAUAGGAAAUCUAAGCGACUUUCGCCCUUACAAGCAAUAAUAAAAUAUUGGUUUUUGACACUUUUUUGAUAGUAAAUUUGAAUUCUAACAAUUUCUCAAAUGCUAUAAAAUUCCUUAAAAAAAUAUUGUACGCUCCUAUGUUUAUUACAAAAUUGUAUCAUUGUUCGUUAUUAUGCAGUGUGGACUGCUAUUAUUUCAAUAAAAAAAUUCACAGAGGCGUUAUUAUUAAUUGUAUUAAACCGUAUAAAACAUAGGAGCGUACAACUCUAACCGCAGAUUACGUUGACGUAUCACAACUUUUUUCACAUUGCAUAAUUAAGAAAAAAUGUGUC